GUCAUUUAAACUACAAAAUUGUCAUUGUGUAAACCGCAAAAAUUUCAAUGUUCUAAUAAAUUCAUAGUCUCGAGCCUUUUUUCCCAUAAAUAACAAGAAAAUGGAUGAAUCAUCCAUUUGGGGACGCUUCUACAAAAGCAUAUCGAAAUACAAGCAAGUAUACGAGACAAAAUCGAAAAACGAUUACGAGCCACUCCGACUAUACGGCGGUACAGGUUUGGACGAUUCGUGUCCAUCACCAUUCAACGCUUGCAAAGACGUGCUGGAUCAAUUCGACCACAUAAUCUCGGAGUACAAGAAAGCUAUGGGACCAUGCGGACGGGGAUAUUGUCCCAAAGGGCCGAGAGCGACCCAAGAUCGAUGCUUCUACAAACGGGUGGAAAAGAACUUGCCGAUAGGAAUCACGUCGUGCAUGGAUAUGGACUGUCCGUUUUCCGCUGAGAAAUUUAAAGGUUUGCCCGUGGCCGGUGAAGACUCUGAAGCUGUACCGCUGAAUUACUGCGGCAUGUUGGAGUGUCCGUUUGCCCAGAAGAACACGGUGAGGAAGGAGGGACAGAUACAAGCCGCCUGUGGACAGCCCGAUUGCGCCUACACUAAAUUCCGACUGGGGAUCGUCGACAAAGAAGUCAUUAAACAAGCCCCCCUUAUACCACCACAAAAUACAGGUUAUUGUGGAAGAGUUGACUGCAAGAGUCCGGUGAUCGGACCGACUUUACCGCCAAUCCAUUGGGAUUGCCCGGAACCGUUACCCAAAGGACCAUGCAAAAAUCCAGAUUGUCCAUUUUUGCCUGCUGAUUUGAGGGCGUUGCAGGCUCUAAUCAAAAAGGGGCCGUGUGAUAGUCCCUCUUGCACCCACAUCCUUGACACAUCACCUCCCAAUAACGAUUACCAAUUCGAUCUCCUUGACUGUGAUACUCCAAAACCUGUUUGUGAUAAUCCCGAUUGCCCUUUUCAGAAUCCCUGCAUUAGAGACAGCUUUUCAGAUAAACUCGAGUCGGAUAUUUACAAAGGAAUGUUUGCAGUUUGUGACAACCCAGAUUGUCCGUUUCAAAAGAACAAACAAAUGAAAAGUGAAGAGUUUUGUGGUAACAUCGAUUGCCCAUUUAACCCUGACAAUGUGCAAAACGAUGACGGUUAUUGUGGUAAUCCGGAUUGUCCAUUUAAUCCGAACCUCGCACAGAAUGAUGAUGAUUAUUGCGGAAAUCCGGAUUGUCCUUUUAAUCCGAAUCCUACAAAAAAGUCUAAUUAUUGUGAUAAUCCAGACUGUCCCUUUGCUCCUAAGAAAUCAGGUGGCGAUAAUAAGUUGUCACAAGUUUGCAGUAUUCCAGAUUGUCCUUACAACAAGUUUCAGACAAAAGGUGGAGGUGAUUCAUCCUGCAAAUCUCCAAAUAAGGUUAAGGAUCUAAAGUGUCCUUCAGAUGAACAAAAAGAAACAGAUGUUUGCGACAAUCCCGAUUGUCCGUAUGCAGAAAAAACUCCAUGUCCAAGUGAACCUCCUAAAGAAAAACCGGAACCCGAAGACGGUCGGACUUGCAACGAUCAACGUCAGUGCGACAAUCCGGAUUGUCCGUUCGCCAAAAAGACGCCGUGCGGAAAUCCGGAUUGCCCUUACAAAAUUGGGGAUAUUCACGCUUGUGAUGUGCCAUGCGGACCUGAUACGGUUUGCGGCAACCCGCAAUGUCCCUUCCAGCCCGAAAAAACGGACGAGUUAGAAAUUAAAGUUGACGUGACGGUGGUAACGGAAAACCAAAAUCAGGCGGGAGCCAACGGAAGAAAACACAAGGAUGCGAAAAAGGUGGACGAGGUCGAAAAGGAUCAAGAGGAGGAGGAACGUGGGACAAAACGGAAGAAAUCGCAGGCGAAGAAAUUUUAUUAUGGGGGCGUCAAAUUGGGCCACAAGAACUGUUUGAACCCGAACUUCAGAGUACCGAAACACAUGGGGUGGCUUUGGAAUUUGUACGACCCUUUGGCUGUCAGAGAUCGAAGGGGAUUUAGACCCGGAGCCGUUGGCAGGACGGUGGCCAAAAUAAUCCGUAAACACAAACGUCAGAAAGCCAUUAUGGAUCAAAAAUCCAGCGACUUGUUCGUGGCAGAAAGGAAACAAACUCUAACGGUCAGCAAGAAACAAGGAGAAUACUUGAUCACGGUGAAUCCACUAAAAGAACCGAAGGAAAUUCGAUUUAGGAACGAAAGCGUUUACAUGGACUGCACUCCCAUGCAGUUUAAAGUUAAAAAACACAAGGAAAUGAAACAGGACUGCGUGUGCGAGGACGAGGAGUCGACCUCCACUUCGUCCGACGGCUUCGAGAUCCAGUUUUCGCCGUCCGCCGCCAAGAAGAGUCCUGCCUUCUUCGAGCGGGUUAAACCAGGGAAAAACAUAGAAACGCAGUACAAUCCCGCCGACAUUCCCAAGGAUGGCAAAAAGGGCAAGGGUGGAAAGAAAGGUAAAGGCGCCAAAGGCGCAAAAGGUGGAGCGAAGAAAAAAGGCAAGAAGAAGUAAUGAUUGCAGGUUUUUUCAUUUUUCAAAUUUAUGUUGUGUGUGUAAAAUACAUUCAUUUUUCAUUCCUCAA